AUGGGUCAUAAGCUUGAGUCUAGUCCCCUGUUUAGUGACCUCCUGACAAAGUUCAGUGUGGCCACCGACCUGCCUUUUCAAAUUCAUCAUCAUUAUCAUUUCAUGAACUGUUUGAAGUCCAGGAAGGUGAGUUCCCAUGGCAAGUUAAAAAUGGCAUUGGGAAAUGUUACUGUGGUCAUGGGAACCAAAAGAUUCAGCGAUAUCCACUUGGAGAGAAAGCAAGUGCAGAAGAUAAUUAUUCACAAAGAUUAUAAACCAUCCCACCUUGACAGUGACCUCUCCCUGCUCCUGCUUGCCACACCAGUACAAUUCACUAACUUCAAAAUGCCCAUCUGUCUGCAGAAGAAGGAAAGGAUCUGGGACCGGUGUUGGAUGGCAGAGUGGGUGACAGCUUAUGAAUAUGGUAUGUACCAACAUGACAACUUAAACAUGUACCUGCAGAAGCUGAGAGUGAUGCAGAUUAGCUGGAGACAAUGCAGCAAGAGGGUAGACCAGCUCUCUAAGAACAUGGUUUGUGCUUGGAAGGAACCAGGCACCAAAGGCAAUUGCCAGGGAGACAGUGGGGCACCUAUGGUCUGUACUAUCCAUGGAACCCAGAGGCUCUUCCAAGUGGGUGUCUUCAGUUGGGGCAUAAGAUCUGGCUUCAGGGGGAGGCCUGGUAUGUUUGUGUCUGUGGCUCAAUUUAUCCCAUGGAUCCAGGAGGAGACGGAAAAGGAGGGAAAAGCCUAUACCACCUCAGGAGCCUGGAGAAGCUCCCUGCUUCAUGUUCCAACGUACCCACUAUUGUUGGGCUUGGGUUCUCAAAUGUGGCUUGCCACCAUGUUUACUAGUGAUAAAUCAAAUCACUAA